CCACGCCUACUCGGACUUUGACCUGAUCGACACACUAGACUCUGCAUGGCGUAUCCAGAGCACUUUCGAGGCUGGCUGCUAAAGUGGACCAACUACAUCAAGGGCUACCAGAAGAGAUGGUUCGUCCUCUCCAAUGGACUCCUCUCCUACUACAGGGCCCAGGAGGAGAUGGCCCACACAUGCAGAGGUACAGUCAACUUGACCGCAGCCUUCAUUGACGACAUUGACUCCACCAACUUUGUCAUCACCAAUGGACCUCAGUGAGGUGGAGAGACAGGAUGGUGGACUGCUCUCACUCUCGCCAAAGCCAUGCUGUCAAGACCUGGAAAAAACGAGGUGAUGGAGAGGGGAGAUGGUGGUGUGAGAGAGACGGGAUGAGGAGAAGGAGGGAUAGACGAGGGAUACACAACUUAGAAAAAUGAAGAGAUGAAUCAACCCAUGAUGUAUCGUCAUGAACAGUAGGGUGCUACUGAAGCGAUCGCGACAGAGGUGGAAGGAUAUAAUGAGGAGGUUCAUCUGGACCCAACUCUGAAGGAAAACCUCAGUCUAUUCCGUCUCACCGCUGACGCCAUGGUCAAGGCCUCAGAGGGCUACCUACAGCAGGCCCGGAGUGUGGAGAAGAGAUGGCGGAGGACAUGCAGAGCGAGCGCGACCUGAGACUGAGGUUGCAGGAGAUCAUGGAGACAAUGGCCAACCAGAUACACGGUCUAGCCAAGCGCUCCGUGGGUGGUGAUGGUGGGCGGGGCCACCGGUCGGCAAGUCAGGGGUCGCGAGAGGUCGUCUUGUCGCCCCACUGCUGCCAAUGUCACCACUGACACUGGUGGAGGUGAGUCAGUACAAGAGAGAGCCAGAGACAGCAGUGUGGGUGGUGAGGAGGGGGACUCACAGACAGACUGGGGCCUUCAGACUAGCCAGACAUGCUCUGGAGAAGAUGCAGUCCCUUAGAGUGCCAGCCAGUCUCCAGGAGUCUGUGGACAGAAUGAGUCUCACCAUCAGAUCCAAACCAUUCCAGGACAAGGAGGACCUUCUCCCCAUGUGCUAUCGCUGCUCCACUACCAACUCUCUACUGAGACAGACUGGAAAUGCCUGCACCUCGUGUAGACAACCUCUCGAGUUCUCCUUCGUCUCCUUUGAGCCUUCUCAGUGGUGGAGUUUGUGCUAUGAGGAAGGAAUCAGUGAUGAAGAGGCAGUGAGACUGAUACAAAUGGAGCCUCCACAGAAGAAGACCAGUGGCCCAGUUAUCACAGAUGAAGGCACUACCCAGACUCUAGUACUGUCUGGACCACCAGAUGAUCAGUUAGAUGAUGAGAACGACCCUUUCACUUCCACUAAUACUGAGGGUGGCAGUGAGUUUCAACCAGUGGAGGUCGGUCGGUCAGUACUCACCAGACUACACAGGUCAGAGGUCAUGGUCAAGGAGUGGGGGGCUCCAAUUGGAAACCAGUAUUACCGCUCGGUCAUGCCCGACUUCCCCAUCUCCCUCUGUGGCUCCUGUAAUAAGAUGUUCUUGGCUGAUGACUAUGAGCUACAGGGACUGUGCAAAGGACACUGUCCCUUUCUGUAGGACCUCCAUUGACUCUCUAUAGUUGUUACGAUUGUGUGUAAUAAUAAUAAUUUGAUACAGGAGCUGUGUCUUCUCUGUAGAUAAUUAUACUUUACGAGAGCUCAAACAUGUUUAUUGGAUAAACACAUGACAUUAUCCCUCAGAACAGGUACACUAACUUUACAAAUCAAAGUCUGGACUAUGUUCAGGGUCCAUCUCUGGUGUCAUUUUCUUUCUGACUUGAGACUGCUGUCCUGCUGUGGGAUUUUCCCUCAGACUCGAGCUCUUGUCCCUCUAGUUUGAGCAUGGAACUAGUAUCAUCUCCUUCAAGAUCUUUGCUCUCCGACUUGAGAUGUCUCACAGCACGCUGCAUGGGGAAAAGAUACAGUGUAACCCACAUAAUUCAAACUGUCUUAUGGCUAAUCAACAGUGUCAUCUCCAUGC